GUCCAGUCCAUGCUCGUUCAACUUUUUUGAAGCGUAGUAUUCUUCAUUAUCAUCCCUAGCAUCUCGUACUCCUACGAAGGGAUCGGAGACCGGCGGGAUGGUGGAUUUUGGCACGCUCGUGCGCAUCAUCAAUGCUGCGCAGGCAAUCCAACAAGCAGCGGAAAAUGUUGAGCAGAACCAAAAGGAUUGCGAGGAGAUGGGAGGCCACGUCGCGCUGCUCACGACGCAGCUCGAGCGGCUCGGGAACAACGGGCCGCUGAUGAUGGACCCAGCCGUGAGCCCCGCGGUCGCGGCGCUCGAAGAGAUCCUCCGUGAAGCCCUGGAGCUCGUCAAGGAGUGUAAGGUCAAGAGGAACAUCAUACAUCUUCUGUGUACGGCCGGCGCCCUGUCCAGGAAGCUGAGGCGGAUGAACGAGAGGAUCAUGCGUAGGACCAUGCUCCUAAUGUGCGCCAUGAUCGGUCGCCAGGAGUGCCAGCGGCCAACUCAGGAGCAAGUUGAUCAUGUGCAACCACCAGCUGCCCCUGAUGGUGACAUGGACAAUCAGCAACCCACCAAAAUAGUUAACAAGAUCGUCGGUGUUGCGGACCGGAUCAAGAAGACGGCGAAGAUGGUUCUUUGGAACAAGGGCGAGUGCCUUGAGAUCAACGAGCGAGCGGGCAUGGUCCGCGCCUUCCUGACGCAGCUUGAGAACACGGACGCGAUCAAGGACCCGGAGUUGGGCGCCAAGCUGGAGAAGAUCGGCAAUACCUUACAGCACGCCUACGAGCUGGUGACGGAUUGCCAGGAAUGGAAGAACUUGUUCAUGAUCUGCCCAGGCCAACUGUCCAAAGAGCUCCACAAGGUGCUGGACCAAAUGGUGCUUGACCUCGAUGGCGUCGCGGAGAUCAGUAGUAUCCGUUACAUAAAAGGAAGCUUUGAAGUUACUACUGCAGCAGUACGGAUUGCCGGAACUCUAAUGGCCGGCCGCUUCGUUGUGAAAUUACGGCUUCUUGCCAGGCAGAGAAGUCAAUAGGCCAAACAUUCCAACUGGGCGCAAGCUUCAAGGUUAAAUGCUUCUAUAUAUGAAGUUUCCUUGCUAUGGAUUUCAAAAGAACUUGCAUGUGUCAAAUGUUUUGGGACCAAGUAUUCCGUCCAAAGGUACCUUUAGCCUGGACCGAUGGCCCGUUUUCUAGUAGUGUUAGUAUCGGGCAAGAACCCUGAAUUAGUACCGAUUU